CCGAACAUAGCCAAACAUGCGCGUUCCUCAUCCGACAGCGACUGUCUACUGUCUGAUCAAAUUUGAACUGAGUUACUCUGACUUCCCCAAACUGUUCGACCGAUGAGACAAUCAUACAUGAAUGGCCAAGUUUGCCGAUGGAACUAAUGGCUAGUGCGCCUUUCGCCCGGUCCAGUCACUUCAUCGGGGUCUUCAUUUGCACCUCAGUGCUAAUUCUCCGCUCUAUCCCUCCAUUCACUUGUGGCGCCGUCCUGGGUCCCCGCAUUCUCUCGGGUGAUAUCACGGUCGUGUCUUCGCUUCCGCUGCUGCGCAUACAUAGCUUGCCCCAUGGACAUCCCCUUCGUGACUAUGAACGGGCAAGGGAGCGUCAGUAUAUAAGCUGUGGGCGAUUAGGAUUGCUGGUUCAGCAAGCAGUCUAGUGCGAUUAUGUCAUACCACCGCUUCCAGCCUCAAAUGCCGUGGUCGCCACCUGCGCGACAAGAUACGUGGUCCAUUAAGGGAGGUGUGUUGACUGAUGCGCUGCCGUUUGGCUUGGCCAACAACGCACACCGAGGAUCAGGGGAUGUUGAACGAAUCAAGGCCAUCAUGGAAUUAGCGGAGCGCGCGAGCUCGGGGGUUCACCAGGGGGAUCCCAGUUACCCCUCUGAUCGGAACGGUCACGGAAACAAUGACGAAGACCUACAACGUAUCGUGAAAGCCAUAGAGGAUCUCAACUCUCCAAAAAUUCCUUUCUUUUCCCGUCAUGGAGGUAGGAACGUGGAAACCACCCUUCCGGCCCUGGUUGGAUUCAUAAUGACGGCGCUCUACAACUCGAACAAUGUCGCCUCCGAGGCUUCUCCCGUGACAAGCUUAAUCGAGCUUGAAGUUGGCGAAAUGCUCUGCCAAAAGAUUGGGUUUUCAGCAGACAAGAACGUGGACAUCCACCCAUGGGCUCAUUUGACUCGUAACAACGACUCAGCUCUGAAGGAAAGCCUCGAAGUCGCUCGCAGGCUCAAGUUUAUCCCGCUGGCCCUGCGCAGCGCCAUCGACGAUGGACAGCUGGAAUUCCUCGGCGACAUGGCCAAGGUCACGCCAGCGGGUGCUGAAACCAAGCUUCUGAAGCAAUGCAGUGUCUGGGAGCUACUUAACACGCCUUCAGACGAGAUUGCCCGUAUGGUGGAUAGUCUGCAAGUGGAGUCCGGAAUCAGUGCCAAGCUCCUGCAAGACGCGAUUCGCCCGUAUUUGAUGGAGCAGACGAGGAUCUCGGAAAGAUAUAAUAUUGAUUCGGACCUGCCUCCCGGGUUCAUCGUCUCUUCCUCCCAACAGUUCCGGUGGGGCAAGUCGCAGGUGCAUUACGGUCCCGGCUACGACACUGUUCAAGUCGAUAACGCUGCACGACUCGACAUCCCCAAACUCGAUGCGCUUCUCCAAGACCGAUUAGACAAGAAACAGGCUGUCUGCGCUGUCGCUGUGACUGUGGGCACGAGGGAAGGUGCCGUUGACCCGCUCGAUCAAGUGCUCGCGCUCCGGGACAAGUACGAGCAGAUGGGGUUGAGUUUCCAAGUCUCUGUAGAUGCAUGCCGGGCUGGUUGCUUCCUUGAUGCAAUCUCCAGCUCCAACACAUCUUCGCUGAGCCAGCAUACCACUCGACAGUUGCAGGCUCUCAAACGGGCAGACUCGGUGAUACUCGAUCUAUACAGCGAUGGUGCUGCGCCUUCCCCCGCCGGGGCUGCUUGCUAUCGAAACUCGCGUGUCACCAAGAUGACGAUCGAUCCUACUGGUGUCUACGACGGCGAUACAGAACCGCAAGUUUCCGAUCUAUCACCGAUCUCAGCGGCGGCAGUAUAUGUCCACCACAAAGUCGUCGGUCAAGGCGCAGCUCCCUCUUUUCUUAGGGACCUCUCGUUGACAGUCAAACAAAUGUCGAGGCACUGGUCAAUGAUCUCUGAAACCAGCAAAGACUAUGUGGUAGUCCCACUCAUUCCGCAGGUUAACGAUGGCGACUCGGCUCAGCAUGCGACCGAGAAACAGUUCGUUCACAGUCGGAUGAGUGGGCGGGCCCAUGGACAGUUCUACGCUGAUCCUGAUGCUAUGACCGCGGACAAUGUGGCUCCAGAUCUGAACGUCAUCGUCUUUGCCUCCAACUUCAUGCUUCAUGGCAAGCCGAACACGGAUAUCGAGGACGCCAACUAUUUCAACCACCGCGUUCGCGAUCUCCUGACGGUGGCCCAACAAAUCCCUUUCAGUGUCAACUCGAGUGUCAUGGGGGCCGAGUAUGAUUCUUGUGUACGCGAGUAUCGGAAGCGCCUGGGACUGGAAACAAUGUCCACUCAAGAUCUCCUGGUUUUGAGCAGCGCAAUCACCUUCCCAGUACAUGGCCCGACUGUCGACAGCAUGGAACUCGCCCGCCAUAUUUUCGAGGAAGAGGCCAGAGCUGCGAUCGAUCGGGCGACCGUCAAACCUCAGAUUCAUCGGUUCAUCAUGUUUGGGCGGGGCGACAUCUAUCUGACAAACGAGCCUCUGUUCCAUAAUGCGAACGGUCGCAUGCACCUUGUGAUGCAUGCGGAACUAUCUGAAAGAGCGAUCAAAAGCGUGCAAGUUACCAUUCCCGAUGCUUCUCUGAACGGGCUCUUCACUUGCAGAACUUUGCACGAAACGACACUCGAUGAGAUCGUGGCUUCCAAAGAGAUACAGGUCGUGUUUGAUCAAUGUGAAUCUGAGACCGUAACAUUGAGCGACCUCAAAGUCGUCAAGAUUCGCUCUCUCGAGUCCCGUUGGCGGGACGAGUCGUACAAUCAGCGGUCUACUCCGUUCUAUGCAUUUGGCAGUCCGGAGGAGAUCCACAUCGAGCAUAUGUUGCUUCACGCUCAGAACACACAGAUCUCCGCCGACCGCGUCAAACUCGAGGUCCAGCCGCCGUUGAGCGCCGAGCAACUGGCGCGUGGAGUCCGAAUUGAGCUCAUGCGGCCGGAAAUGUCGUUCCUGCCCCCCACGGAGGAGAACUCGCCGGACCGGGUGUUCAAGCGCGGCGCGUCGUUCGAUGUCGUUGUCUUCGACGAUCCCCAUGCGCCGGAUGCCCACGGACCCGGUCUGGCCGAGGGAGGAGAUGAGCUCGGCCGUGGGCGGAUCGAAUUGUCCGGCGGUGUCCGUGUCGACUGGAAAUGCCUCAAUCAGCAGGAUUUCGGUGUCGCGCCCUCGACCACCCGAAAGACUAGCCCGCCUCCUCCCAGCACUCCCUCCGAAACUUGGGGAUAUCAGCGUCAUGAUAACAUCCGUUUCGGGCAACACGGUCAUGGUGGGGGGCAUGGAUUCCGUUAUUGAGCCGAUUCCGGACGAAUGUGAGGUCCAUGAGGUGUGGCGUGUGAUCAGUAGAGCAGUCAGUUGCAUAAGCCAAUAGCUGCAAAAAGCACAGGCAACACUGGUUCUGUGAAUCGGAAGCAUGAUGGACAAAUAGUUGAUUGAUCACGUGGGCAAAGAAUAUGCGGGAUCCAAGGUCAAUUGACACGGAAUCAACUUGAAAUCAACGUUUCUCGCUCUUACAGCUCGGCGUAGGUCCGAUUCUAGCUUGACCAAGGCCCCUCCGCGAAACCUUUUGGGCUCUCGCGGAAUGCUCCAGCGCCAUUAGUCGCGCGAUUGUUUUCUGCUGCGUGCCCAUCCGUCCACAGCUCGCUGAGCGCAUCCUCUCCAUUCAUCCUGUUGUUCUCAGUCAAACCUAUUCUCGAUGUGGCGCUCAAUCAUGUGCUGGCGGCCUAGCCUUGGUGCGAACCACUGGGAUCCCACGCGUUUAGGCCCCUCUUCCUAUUCUCAAUCGGCGCUUGCUCGGUCGUGAGGGCCAUAUUGCGGCCGCAUACUCACUGUCGCCACUCUGGAUCGCUCUCAUGGCACUGGAAUUAUGACAUGGGCACUUUCGAACGCGUCCUAUAAAUGGCUGAGAUGAGAAGGGAUCCGGUUCAGCACAGGCCAGACUGCGCAGACCACGAUGGCCUCUACCAAUAAUCAGCAACUUGAUACUAUCCAACUCGACCCCUCGAUUAUCUCAACAUGGUUUCAAGGUACUGGCCCUCCUUUCCAUUCUUCCUCCAAACCCCGCGAGGGUGACGAUGCACACCUUAGGACCAGGGGAAGCGAGUUUCGAUCUGUUCAAGUCGACCUUCCAAGCUGUUCUUGAUGCUGCGACGUGGCCGACCGGCGGCGGAGGCCUGGAUUUCGUUGAGAAGGAAGUGGAUUUCGCGUCACAGCAGAACGCGGACGCCGUGCUUUACAAGCAGAUGACGGCUGCAAUGAGUGGUGCUGGGGCGGGUUCGAUGGUGUCGCGCGUAUCACAGUAUCGGGGCUACAUGGGUAUGAAUUUUGAAACCACCAUGCCAGCCCUCGCUGCUUAUAUGGUCGCGAUGCUUUACAACCAGAAUAACGUUGCCACUGAAGCAUCUGCUGUGACCACGGUUAUCGAAUAUGAAGUCGGUGAAGACCUGAGUAAAAUGCUUGGGUUUUCUAAUGGCCAGGAUAAAUCUUGGGGCCAUCUGACUGUUGACGGUGAGAUCGCUCAGGGAGAGGUGCUCUCUACUGGAAGCAACUUCAAGAACAUUCCGCUCGCCCUGCGCAGUGCUAUCGACGAUGGAAAGCUUUCGUUCAUCGCCGACUUCCUCCAGGUCACGCCGGCAGGUCCUGCUGGCACUCAACCCAAGUUCCUCAAGGACUGCAGUGUCUGGGAGCUGCUCAACAUCCCUCACAUCGAGACGCUCAACCUCCUGGAUAGUCUCCGGCUGGAUUUUGCCGUCGAUGUCGACUUCUUGCGGGACACGCUUCGCCCGUAUGUGACUGCUGAGGAGGCGCUGUUCCAGAGACAUGGUAUCACUCAGCCGCCCCAACAUCUCAUGUCGGCCACCAAUCAUUAUUCGUGGGCCAAGGGUGCAGCCAUCCACGAUCUCGGGGCCGAAGUUUUGGACGUUGAGGUGGACCUUGACGCGCGAAUCGAUAUCCCCAAGCUCGAUGCAUUGCUCCAGGACCUGUACAAGAAGCAGCAGGCCGUGAACAGUAUCCUUGUCAGCUAUGGAACGUGGGAGGGAGCGAUCGAUCCGAUCUCCGAGGUGCUCCAGCUUCGCGACAAAUAUGCCGAGCUUGGUUUCAUCUUCUUUGUAUAUGCAGAUUCUCCUUGGGGCAGCCCGCAGCCGGCAUCCAGCGCACCGCGUAGUGCCAUGACCGCCGAGCAGUACGAGGCACUGGCACAGGUUGAUGCUGUGUCUACAGACCUCUAUCGGAGAGGAGCCGUGCCGCUUCCUGCUGGCGCUGUGUACUAUCGGGACGGGCGACUUGCCCACUGGAAACAACUCUUUGACAUCAGGCAGCCGGAAAUGAACAGUCCGGUAGCGAUGUCGGCGCAAGCAUAUUUCAAAUUCGUUGGAUCUCAAGAGGUCGGCCCGACCCUGAACAGUGUGCUUCCGUGGGCAUCAGCCAGACUGUCGGCCCAAUGGGCAGCCAUGUCAGACAACACGACGGAUUAUAUCGUGCUUCCUCUUACUCCGCUGGUUAACGAGGGCGACUCGGCGAAAGAGGCGGCUGAGAAACAGUUCAUUCGCAGUCAGAUCAUUGGGCUGACUGAUGACCAAAUUUUCUCCAAUCCGGAAGCCAUGACUGAGGCCAAUGCACUGGCGCCUGAUCUGAGCAUCAGCGUAUUCGCGUGCAACUUUAUGUUGAACGGGCAACCAAACACAGAUGUGGAGGACGCCAGCUAUCUCAGCACCCGUCUCGUCAACCAGCUUCAUUCGCAACAGAUUCCAUUCCGCGUGGACUCGAGCGUCAUGGGUCAGAGGUACGAUUCGUGUGUUGUCAACUAUCGGAAACGACUUGGAUUGGAAACAGACUCGUCUGAAGACCUGGUCGUGCUGCGUACCAUGCCCACGUUUUCGGGGCUGGGCUCGAUCGAUAGCGUCACCAGUGUCGUGCAGGGCAUUCUCGAACAGGAAGUUAAGGUGGUCCUUGAUCGGGCCACGGUGCAGCCUCAGAUCCACUGGUUCACCGUGUCUGGGCAGGACAAUAUCUACCUGACGAGCGAUCCGUUGUUCCACAAUGCGAACGGCCGCAAGCACUUGAUCAUCAGCGCGGAUAUGCUCGACACCACGGUCAAGAGCCUAUAUACCACGGCCCGGUCCAGCUCUCCCGGGCAGCUCUAUCGUUGCCGGACGCUGAAUGAGAUGACGUUGGACGAUAUCGCUACCGCCAAAGACAUACAGGUCGUGUUUGACGGAGACGCAUUCUCGAGCCACCCUUCGAUCACACUUUCCAACCUGCAGGUGAUCAAGAACCGCCCUCUGGACGCUCGCUGGCGCGACGCCCAGUUUUCCAACACUUGCAUUCCGUUCUACGUCUUUGGUACUCCGCAGGAGAUCAACAUCGAGCACAUGCUGCUUCGCGGGCGAAACGCGCAGCUCUCCGCCGACCGCGUUACACUGCAGGUCCAGCCUCCGCUUACUGCGGACCAACUGGCGCGCGGCGUACGCCUGGAGAUCGCGCGUCCCGAGACCUCGCUUCUGCCCGCCAGCGCAAACAAUCCGCCCGAGGGCAUCUUCAAGCCCGGCGCGUCGUUCAACGUCACUGUCUUCGACGACGUCAACGCUCCAGAUGCCCACGGGCCCGGCUUGGCUCUUGGCGGGACCCAGCUCGCCCAGGGACGGCUACGCUCGCAGGGGGCGUGUAUGUUGACUGGAAGCAGAUCAACCAGCAGGAUUUCACCGCUGUGGCGGCUAGCAGUCCUCCUCCUCCGCAGCAGCAGCAGCAGCCGUCGUCUGGCUCGGCGACCGGCCAGGUCGUGGCCGGCUUGAAUAGUGCUGGCGCGACUGUGGGCUCGGCCACAGGCCAGGUUCUGUCCGGCUUGGGAGCAAUCCAGGUGCCGACUGUUCCCAGCUUGGUUUCCGCAGCAUCGAAGACUUUUGGAUUUUGAUUGCUGCUCGUUCAGGCUAAUUGAGAUUAUCGUUCUUUGUAUAAUUGGAAAUCAAUAAAUGUGUUUCAAAAUCGCUCGGUCCGGUUUGCAAGGCUUGACGUUGCGUAACGUAAUUGCAAUUGAUACUCGUGAUCAGGACUUCAUUUGGUCUAUAAUUUUUGUGCGCUGAAUGUUGAAUUCGAGAUGGCAAGCAAGCGUGUAUCAGCGUUGCCAAUCGUUUUUCAUUUCUGACUGGACCAACAGUCGAGAGAUGGAUGAUAGAUACUGCAACGCAAGUCCCAAGACUGCGACAAGAUUAACUGAUACAAUUGCGAUGUUCGGACGAUAAAGAUAACCCCUGAACGGUUCGUAAUCAGGCUCGGACGAGAGAAGGGCAGACAGCCGAGGCACACACCGCAUGUAGCUACACCGAGGGGGGGAGUGACGGAGGAGGAAGAAGCCCAAGCUUCACAGUCCGGCGGCUGCCUCCACACGCAGCACCUCCGCAUGCAGAGCCUGGCGGCCCUCUUCGAGCCAUUUCACAUACUCGACGGCGCGGAACAAGACGCCGCUCUUGCCCUUGCUCUGCCCCUUGCCCUUGUUCCGGUUCCCGCUCCCCUUCGGGCGGCCUCUCUGCGGCAUGCCCAGCAUCGGCCCGCCGUCCGACGGCGCGAGCAGCGUGAUCAGCUGCGAGUACCCAUCGCGGAUGGCGUUCCGGCGCUUCUGCUCGGACAUGAUGUGGUUGAGCCGUUUUUGCGGCAUCGACAGCAGGGGCUUCGUGUUGCGCGCAGAGGAGGGGGACGCGGCUGCGGCCGAGUGGGACGGCAGGUGCUCGUGGGAGGGCGGCGGCGGGGUCGGCAGGGAUCGAGACGAUUCCGAUGUGUUGCUUGGCGUCUCGCUCUCCUGCCUGGAUGGGAAGUCGGAGGAGGCGCUGGCAGGAGUUCUUUUCGGCUGUUUCCGUAACGACGAUGCGCGCGUCGGUCGCUGCGGACGGCCAGACGUCGUCGGGGAUGCGUCAGGCACGACGUCGGGGAGGUGGGGGUUGGAAUAUGGCUGCGGUCGAUAUUGGGGCUGCGGUAGCGUCUGUUCCAAGUCCCAGCUAACACCAAAAUCGCCAAAGUUGUCGAGGAAUCCGAAGAUGUCCGUCGUCUCCGCUGUCGAGAAGAGAUCCGCUGAGGGUGGCAGGGGAGGGGCAUUGGGGAACGACGCCGAGUCGUACGAAAAAUCAAAGUCGGGGAACGGUGGAGGAGGAGAGAGAGCCAUAGGUGGGACAAGGAAGCAUGUGUUGCAUCAAGUGGAAGAGCGCGAAAGAUAGAGAUCGCUUGAAGUAGUGCAGAUCAGGCGCGUGUGCCAGGCGUCAGAUGGGCCGUGGGAGUGUCCGGAGACUGGAAGGUCCGGUGAUGGGAUUGAUCUGGCCUCAGCAAAGUGUCACGCGAUCGACAACCGUUACCCGGAACUGUCACGACCCCCUCCGUUUAUCCUCCGUCUGCCCGCCGCCGCCGCAUCCGAAAUGUCGGCACACCCCGAGGAUGUAAAUCCACAAAUCGAUGCUCAGCUGCAGCAGUUAUCGCAGCAUCAGCACCAGCAGCUCGCUCAACAGCACCAACCCCCUCCGCCGCAUCCGAUCCAACAAGUGCAGCAGGGGAGUAUCUCGGUGCCCAUAGGGAGCCCUGGGGAGGGCACAUCGCGCAAGCCGAAGGGGCCCUCAGUCCGCCGUGCGUGUGUCGCGUGUCACAGCGGUAAAACGCGCUGUAGCGAGGUUUUGCCCUGUCAGAACUGUGUAAAACGCGGACUUGCCAACGUCUGCGCGUACCCGGACCCCGAAUCGGAGACGCACGACCGGGCCCAGCCUGCUGAUGUGUCUGCCCCGUCUGCCUCGACGACAGGCGGGUUCGGCGCGCCACCGGGCUACGCCCCCGCGCAGCCUGGCGGUCUCACACUGACGCACCAGCAAUAUUACGACUACAACGGCAACUUUACUGGUGCAUCAUCGGCCACAUUCCGGCCUGCAAAACGACCGCGCCCGUUGACGGAAGAGGAGACCGCUGCGAUCACGCGGAAUUUCACGCGCGGCGAUUUCUAUGUUGGCAGCAGUGCGCCCGUGCGCAUCGAUCCCCGGCUUCCUGUGCGUCUGACGCUCGGUGAGGGCGACCAGGUCCACUUCAAUGUGGGCAACUAUGAUCAGGCUUGAAUCUUGCAUUUUGUUUUACCAGCUUGUACUAUUGAUAUCGCACUUUCAUCUAUCGAAUCUUGUUACCACUCACGCCGCCGAUGACGGACCCGGGCGGCGAUCCGCAGGUGGACGAACAUGCGAACGCACGCCACCACCGAGCCGUCUGUUCAUUUGACUGACUGAGCUGGAUGUCAGCAUGUGGUCGCUCCGGUAACCGGGGUUCUGUGAAAUGGUAUCCGCUCGCUCUCGGCUGUAGCUAGCACUCCGAGCAGAGUGCUGUGCUGUGCGCAUGGACUCGGGACAGUUUGGCGCAACAGUUGCUUCGCUGAUCACGUCGAGGGGAUUGCCAAGGAUUGCCCUUGGAGAAUCUCUGAUAUGAGAUCGCGUGGCAUCCGCGGCCCAACGGCGGAGAUUCUAGUCACGGCCAACGUCAAACCUCGUGACUUGCUCGUCGAUGAUUGGCAGAAUCCCUUGUGUACCGUUCGCACAGCUUGAAGCCUUUGAGUGAACGAACGUACGGAGCCAGGAAAGCAGGCAGAUAGAAACAAGCAAAGGACCACAGACGCGAUGUUAGGGUAAAUGCAAUCACAAUUACAAGUGGCGAGGGCACACACAAGUCCGGAGCACAUACCAAACCGUCUCCCGACGACCCGUGUAUCAACUCCAGUCUCCAUAGUGGACCGCUCUCAAAGACUGGAGCAUGCUUGGCUGAAAUUGCUAUAGACUGUGGCAG